AUGAGCAUCGAUUCAAUAUUCGAGUCGCUCGGGUGCCCGGGGCAGUCACAUCGGUUUGAUUCCCCUACCCAUCAUCUCCGCGUCGAGUUUCGUGCCCGCCGUCCUCAUGGAGCAUCCCAUGCGCAACAAGGCGGAUGCGGCGCUGGGGGUGACUUGCAUGGAGGGAGCCAUGGACACAUUCGUGACUCCGAUCGUGCCAAGGUGCGAGAUAGAAGGGGACUACAGGUUUGCUGGGGGGCUUCAGGUCCCGCCUUUUGGCAGCAUGAUGAUAUCUGGUGGUGCUGGAGAAGGAGGCGAGAGAAGUAUUCGACGGACGAGACCGGUGGUCAUGAGCGCGACGAUCCAGUUGGAUUUCGAGCAGCCGGCAGAUCGAGAUGCAUACGAUGCAGAGCUGAGGGCGCACAUGGUGUACCACCUGCUCUCACCCACCGACGUCUCCCAGUGUUCUCCGAAGCCUAUUGCAGCUGCGGCCCAUGUCUAAUGACGACGCGACGACCUAGCUGGAGCAGCCGAUCACCACCACAGCCGCGCUACGUCUCGCGCAGUUCGUCGGAAAGGUUUUGCGAAUAUCGCGGACGUAGGUCUUGUCGCUGGAGAUGCUCUUCGUCGCCACGUGCCAGGUCGUCCGGAACGAGCUCUCGCUCUUCGAGCGGUUGUGCGACGUUUCGGGCUACGUACGUGUACACCUACGACCCGGCAUCCAUCUUCGCCGGCGCCAUCGUCGGCGCCGCAAUCCUGAACCGGCUGUUCAACGCUGCGGUGUCAAACACCUGGCGGACCACAGCCCGCUGCGUAACAUGGCCAUCUUCGGCUUCGACGACUACGCCGCAUCGCUUAAGCACACCUCUUCUUGCUAAUGCGGCCUUAAUGCUACUUACCUUUCUUGCUACGUACGAAGCUGUAAAGCGCGUUUGCAACGAUCACGCUUUGAACCGUGGAAAAGGAAGCGAAGUCGAAGAAGAGAAGAGCAAAAAGAAGAACAUUAUUCCUCGACGGACUCCUGGGAAGGAGCUUGGUGGAAGGUGGAAAGCUCUGGACGGGGAUGGAAGUCGGAGAGCAAAAGCCAAGACUCAAAGUCAAAUGAUCCGAAAGAAAAAGAAGAAGGAAACCAGAAAAGAGCCUUCAAGGUGGAAAGUUUCGCAUGGCAUGGCAUGGCAUGCCCCCCGCUCCCGGCCUUGA